AAAGGUCAGACAAAUACAAAAACACAACGAAAAUACUAUUUUAAAACAAUAAUCAUGUCGAGCAGCAGUCGUCGCGAAAUGUGGGUGCCCAGUCCGUCGAUUAUGUUGCACCAGCUGCAAUCCGCGGAAGAGGAGGCCGACGAGCCGGCCGUGGAGUUCCACGAGAACUGCAACCAUGCGUGGCGGGCCCAGUACAAACACCCUGCGAUGGCCAGCGUGGGAAUUGGGUACGAGUUCGUCAGCUCACCCAGCCGGUGCAUCAGCUCCUCCCGGGACGACGAUGCGGAGAAUCGCAUGAAUGGUAAUUCUUCUUCCAGCACCAAUCGACUGGUGCGCACUCUGGAGAUCCCCCCAAUCGGAUACCAUCCCUACAGUUUUGGGUCGGAGGACGAGAUCCAGAUGCAGCACCUGUUGUAAUCGCAAAACCCAUCCCCCCAAACUAAAUUCUCAGUGUUUGAAAAUUCUGAUUCGCUUUUUCCCAAACCAGGAUUUACG